CGAAAACCAGCGCUUACCAGGUCCCAGACACGCGACAGCCUCACCAAAUCAUUCGCGGUCCUGUUCAGUCGCGAAUUCUCCAUUAAUCCUCUGGGAACCUCGCCAGGCAACCUCAAAAGCGUCAUUCAGAUAUGCAGCAGUCCUCCUCUUCUUACGGGCAGCAGCCCAUGAUGAUGCAACAACCCGCGAUGUCGCCCACGGCACCGCAGACCCCGAUGAUGCAGUCGUCUGCAUCCAUCUAUGGUCAACAGCCCAUGAUGGCCCAGCAGCCGCAGCAGCAGCAACCGAUGAUGGUUCAGCCGCAACAACCUAUGAUGAUGCAGCAACAGCCCAUGAUGAUGCAGCAGCAGCCGAUGCCGGUUUACUACCCACAGCAGCCGCAGCCGCCGCCACCACCGCAAGGCUACGGCGGCCAUCCGGGUGCCGUUCACCCUGAAUACCAGGGAUGUCCGCCCCACGACUUUGUCGCCACGGGACGAUGGACCUGCACCGACAUCAUGCUUUGUAUCUGCUGCUGCCCUUUCAACUUUUGCUGCUGUCCUCCGGGCAAGAGCGAGAGGAUGUGCACCAAAUGCGAGAUCAAAAAGUACACAUGAAUCUGCUGGCGCAGGCGCUGCCGUCCUGCCUUGGAUUGUUACUCUCGCUGCCCCGUCUUUACUGCCCCUUGCCCUUGCAUUCGCUAUCAG